AUGUCAUCUGAAAUUAACCCCGAGACUGGCGAGGUUGUAGUGGGACGGUCCCCGAGGUUUUCUCUGUGGGUAGCAUUUCUGGUGUUUAGUACGGUGACACUGGGUUCUUCGGUGGAGGUGAAGAAUGAUCUGGAAGAAGUGACCAGUGAUGCCAAGUGGGCGGUAGCCUGCUCUUCCAUCACGUUUGCGUUGACGACAGUCAUGGUCAUGUUGCAACUUCAUCCUUUGUAUGCAAUCAUGGUAACCAACAAUAAACUGGAGGGAGUCAUCUGCAUCAUCUUGGUGGCCUUUUGGAGUGGCAUUGUGUCCAUUGUGUCGGAUGCGGAAAACAAUUUGGCCGUCAGAAGCUCCAACAACAAUGAAUGCAACAAUACGGUUCUCAAUGGCAACUUGUACUACUUUUCAUGGGCUGCCUUUGUCGCCAGCAUUUGCCUACUGGUGUCGUAUCUACGGUCCGUCUUUGGAUUGGAUUUGGUGGGAGAAGUGCAGAAUCGAUCCCAACGAAUGGAACUCUGGGGUGGCCUCCUGGCGUGUUCGUUGGUCGUCAUGGGAGCCAGUGCCAAUAUCUUUCAGAUUGACUGCAAACCCGUAGAGCCGGGCUUGGAGAUUUAUUGCCGACGAUGCACAUUUGGUAUUAGCAUUGGGACCAUUGGAGCAUUCUUUGCGAUUGUGGUGGUGGGCAUGAAAUUGAUUACCAGGACGGCGUCCUUUUUCUUUGAGGGCAUGGUGGCACUCAUUCUGACCAUUUUGAAUGCCUGUGGGGUGGCCUUUAUCACUUCCGCAAAGGGACCGGGAAGCUCAAUAGGCAACUUGUAUUAUUUUACUUGGUUUUCCUUUCUUGUUUCUUUGGCGAUUGCAUCUUCCUGUUACAGCGACAUGACUUCUGUCAAUCUACAGCAAACAGGUCCUGGGGAUGAUGCAGAAAAGGCCGACAGCGGGGACAUCCAGAUUGAACAGCUACCCCCCGAUCAGGAACAAUUCUAG